CAUAUAUAGCCAGAAGUAGUGGCAUGGGUUGGGAGUGGGACUCGAUCCAUCUUUGUUUGUUUGCGAUGAAGAAAGGAGAUGAAGGCCAAGGGAAAUAAAAGGGCGAAAGGGAAAUCCAUUCCAUCGCAUGCCCUUUUUACUUCUCCCAAAUGUCCUACUUUACUUUCGAUGUCAACAAAACCAAACGCAAAUUGACAAAACAACGAAAGGUCCAGCAAAAACCCCAGAAAAAGAAAAGAAAGAAAAACAUAUAUAAAGAAUAUAAUUAUUAUGCAUAUAGAUCGAUCAAAUUAUAUACGUUACUGGUCCCCUUGGGGCUGUUUUUGGUUUCAUCUACUGUCUAUAUAUCGAUCGGAUAUGAUAUGAUGAUCAUCGCCAUCAUAUUCUCUCCUCUGUGCUCUUCUCUUUCUCCAGGAGAAGUCAUCAUCAUCAAAAGGAUCCCAUGCAUGAUUAUUACGUAUACACCAAUACAUGCUUUCACUUCAUCAUUAAUCGCCUUCUUUUUUCAACCGCUUUUCUAAAUUUUUAGCGGCCACCUCCUGUCUUUCAUUACAACCUCCUAACUAACCUGCCUUCCGACCGCAAGCAAAUAGGAGGGGGUAUAUGGUAACCGUCGUCCAUAUACAAAAAUAGAUUGAGGGAAAUGACAACCUGAAUAUCACACUAAAAUCCCACUUAAGUCCCAUGUAUAAAUCUUAAAUGAGUGUAAUAUAGGCCAAAUAUGUUUAAAUAUCAAUUCGGGCUGGUCCAUGUACCACUACUUCAAUUGUUUGAAACAUUAUUUUGCGGAAUGUUGUCUGUGAGAAUCUCUACAAUCUACUAUAGAAAAGCAAGACUUGAAAAGUAAAAGUUUUGAAACUCUUGGUCAGAAGCUUCACUCGGGAGUUGCUUCCUCCUAACUAACUACCAUGAACUGUGGGAUCGAAUGAAUCGGUGUGCGACAAGGCAAUUGCUAACCGUAGGAGGUGCAACAAUAGUUGGAAAUCAUCCUCUCAAUUGCUAGGCCAAGGAAAGCAUUAUAGGCUACAAUUGUAGCCCUUCUGGUCCAAGAAAUUGAGAGUUGACUUACCUUCUCCCUCAAACCAAGGUUUGGACGGCAUAGUCACAAUUAACCUAUGUGUCUAAUUCGAGUUUAGAGGUUUGCCCUUCAUUAACCUAGUUAGGAGGCAUGGAAUGCCUAAGACAACCCAGCUCAAUUUGAGCCUCUUAAGAAAAUGAGGUCUCUCUCUGAGAUAUAUUAGAAUAGCACAAUAGAUUGCCAAGCACACACAAUGCACAAUCACCAUGAAAAAUACCUGAAGUGUUAAAUUAAACACCAGCCACACAUAAUCAUUCAAUCCACACAAUCAACUACAUGGUAGAAGUUAGGGUUCUACAACAUCCAAGUGAAAAGGGAGACUACUCCAUGAUAGACAAAGGAAAAACACAAAGGAAAAAGAAAGAAACCAUCAUUGUGAUGCCUCCAACUGUCCUUGUGCUUGUAGAGAUCCUCUCUUCAGAGAAACUUCCCAAAUCUUUACUUGGAGCAAACCCUAGCCUCUUCUCCCUCUUGGUUCGUGACUUUCUCUCUAGGGUUUCAAGAGGAAGAAGGUUUCUCUCACUUGGGGCUCUCCUGCUUUCUCCUUUCAGCUCUUCAUUUAUACACAGAUCGUGCCCAGUUCACGGUCGUGAACAUAAGGCCAGGACUAUGAACACAACCCAAAAAGCGCCCCUUCAUUUGAUCAGUUCACGGUCCAUGGCUUUAGUUCACAUUCUUACGACUGUGAACUGGCUCGGUGUCAGUAACCUCUGAAACCUCUCUGGACUCCCUUCGCUUUGCGGUUCAUGGUUCCAGUUCAUGGUCCUGGCGACUGUGAACUCGCAGCUCUGACCGUGAACUAUGACUGGAUCCUCCUCUUUGCCCGGUCUUUGUGCCUUUUCUCCCAACUUUCGACUCCGAGAUUGGUUUCACCUAUUAGACUCUGAAAAACAUUGAAGCACAACAAACCUAGCAUAAAACUACACUUUUUGGAGCUCAAAUGCUACAAACGCCAAAGAGAAACAGAGAUAAAAAGUGUAAAAUUAGACCCAAAUCAGGAAACCAGAUUAAUGUCGAUGUAUUACUAAACAAAAUUAUGGAUAUACACGGGUUCCAACUCCACACAAUGUCUUCCCAUAAAAAAAAACUUCACACAAUGUCGGGUGUUUAACUUGAUAGAGAGAGAAAGUACGCCAACAUGGUUGCUACUCUUUUCUCUUGCGAUGCUAAACUACUAGAGUUUAGGGAUCACAAAACUGGUCGUAGUUCACCGCAAAAUGGGGAUACUUUUCACCACUUGAAGUUCCAUAUGCCUUUUCAACUGAAUACAAACCCCCUAUUUAUAUUAACUCCCCAAAGUCAAAAGCCUAAUAAUUUUCUCCUUAUUAAAUGAACUAGAACUCCUUUUCCUUGACUUGCACGACAAUAACCCAUACAUCUUGAACUCGGAUUCGCCUAAAUAUAUGUGGAAAACUUAUAGAUGGAAAUCGUUUGCUUAUUAUGCCGAUAGGAUUUUCUGACUCUAGGUUGGGGUGGUAGAUCGGCCACUGAUUUUUUUUUUCUUUCUAUAAUGGUGAAAUUGAAUUAAGAGAAAGAGUACAAAAAAGCCAAAGACUGGCCAGCAGUCACAAGGGAUGACUGGAAGAGGCCAGGAAAUCCAAAAGAAAAAAAAAGCAGAAAAAACAGAGAAAAGCAAGCAGCUGGAGAAACCAGCGGACAACCACAAAUAAGAGAACAAAAACAACCAGCAACCAACCUAAGCAACAACCCAAAAAAUUUUACAUCGGACUCAAGAGAAAAAACCAGGAUUGAGCUUUGCUCUAUUAUGGUAUAUGCUCUUUCCAUGAUUCAUUUUAAUCUUGUUUGUACCUGAAAAUCACCAAAAGCUACCCAAUUGGCAACAUAUAGUACAAAAACACACCUAAAGUCUCUAAUGAUCUCAUGUUGGACAUCUUAUAUGAUUUCUAUAUAAAAUCAACCAUGAAUGUAUCACAUAGAAGUUAUUUUUAUCCUAAAUGUGAGUGGAAAAAUAUCAUUUUCAAGUGUCAUUGGAAUCAGAAGUCAUUUUUGAAUGCUAGGCCUAGCCCAAAGAGCUUUGACGAUUCAUCAACGAAUAGUUUUAUGCAAAACUUACUCUAUCCAAUAUCAAGUUUUGAGGUUAUAGGGGAUUGUGUUUUCACUUGAGCACCGCGUUUAUCGGAAAUUCCAUUUUUCCCCGCCCAUCAUUCUCCUUCCCUAUUCUACGGCGGUUGUUGGAGCUACUCUUCGGCGUCGUCUCUGCCCUCUUCUCCUCGUUGAUCAGAAGUGCUCUAUCCGACGAUGACUCUGGUGCGUCGAGGACUAGGAAUUUAUGUUGAUGGGAACUUCUUCGACAGCCAUGACAGGACAAUCUUGAGCCGACUUAUGUUUGGAGUUGCAGAGGAAAAUCAACUGGUGUAUGUUGAACCAAAGUUGGUAGACGUCGGGAUGAGGAUUUUGACUGAGCUUGAAGAUAAAGGCAUUGCGCGCUGGCGACAUUGCCUUGUUGCUUAGUUCCUGAACAAUCAUCUGCGUCAAAUCCAAGUUUGUGCCAAUAAGUUUUGAGGAAAGAAAGGUACAAUCAGGGUUUACGAAAUAGGGAAUAAGCUUGUUUCUCUUCUAAUUUCCUACUAACGAAGGUUGCCAACUAGGAAUUCAUGAGUGGUCCUCUGCACCUAGAUCACGAUAUACAUUAUUUGAGGAAAUGAUAACUAGGGAUCAGAGCUGAGAAAACUCAUCCUGAAGUGCCAAUUUAGGUUUAAUUCUUGGAUCUACUGCUUGAAUUUGUUAAUGGUAGAAUCUUGACACAGUUUGCAAGUAAGUUGGGGAGUCCCUUAUGCUUUGAUCAAUCGACUAGAGUUGGGACACCAGACACGACUAGGUUAUCCUAAAAUUUGUGUUGAGAUGGCUAUUGCUUCUACUUUCCCCAAAUCUAACAAGAUUGUUCUUGACAGAAGACCUAUAUUAUGUGUUCAAGUGGAGUACUUCAAUAAAAUAGUGGUUUGUACUAUGUGCUAUAGUAAUUUGGGGGCAUUUGUGGUUUGCAGUAAAUGUUGAAGGUGCCUGGUCUAGUGCUUAGGGGCUUUCCUCUGAGGGGGAAUUUCAGCAAGCAGUGUCUGGUCAAGCAUCAUUUGUGAGUGAAGAGCAAGGUAAUUAAUUUGCAUUUCUACAAAAAUUGGAUGGAUUUGCAGUAGGAUCAAUGGUAAUUUUCACUGUGAAGAGUUCAUGCCCUUAUCAAGUGCUAAAGAGUUGAAGCAGAAAAUAGUAAGAAAGGUCCAGAGAGGCCUCUAAGCCAAGAAACAAGCGCUAUUGUUAGUCCUAAUGUGGAACUUGCAAGGGUUUAAUAGCCUUGUAAAACAAGAUAUGAGAUUAGAGAUAGUAAAAAGGUACAAAGGGGAUAUAGUUGCUAUUUUAGAAACAAGAGUAGCCGGAUGAUGUGAGCAAGGUAGCCAUCAAGAAUGUCAAUUUUCAAGCAUUCCAAGUUGCGAGUCAAUCAUGGAAGAAUGACAUGCUGAAAAUGGCUAAGUGUGGAGACAAUGUCAAGGAACCUACUUUGGAAGCUUGUAUCUUCAUCCUGGAAAAUAAUCAAUGGGAGUUUGGAGUUGAAGAUGAAGUGCAAGUCUUGAUAAAGAUCGUGAAGGUGUCGGAUGAGAAGAUCGAAGCUUCCUAGGCACCAAACAAGCAGCCAGAAGGUCGUAUGGUGACCAGUCAAAAUCUGCGAAGCCAAUUCCACGACCGUGGAAUUCAAGCCUAGACAGCGGACUUUUAUCAAGACAAAAUCCACGACCAUGAAAUUCAAGGAGGAGACCGUGGAAUUUGACCUUAUGAGUUUUGUUACCAUUUUCGUUUAGGAUUCUUUUCCCUUUUUGGUGUUUUGAUUAGGUUUAUUUUUCCAGACCUAUUUAAAGGGAUUUGAACACGAAUUUAGAUAUGGAGAUUAUGUUGAAUAGAAGAAAAAAAAAGCCUUUUCGAUUC